UAGACUAUACGAUUGUACAGGUAUUAAAAAUGUAAGCGGUUCUAACCGGAUUUAUUGUAUAUUAUCAAUUGAAACUAUAUACAUAGGUAGACUAUAGAUCAUUCAAUACAAUCAUAUGCUUCGAUCAUGUCGAACGCUCAAGUAGUACCUCCAGGCUCGGUGUCUCUUGAAGAUCCGUCGGAAUACCGUCCAGAAUAUAAAGACAAAGAUGACUACCGUACGUUCGAUAUCCACACAUCACCUGAAAGAGUGAUCAAUACAUAUAGAGCAAUGCACACUACACAGACCCUGGAUUAUGUGAAAAAGAAAAAUGAAUAUUGGUGCAAAUUCAACCAUGGCGAGAUGAGCAUUAUGGAAGCGCUUAACAUGUUGAACAAUUUUAUGGAUGAGAGCGAUCCGGAUGUCGAUGUACCGAAUUCCGUCCACGCAUUCCAAACGGCCGAGGGUAUCCGACAGAAACACCCUAACAACGAAUGGUUCCAAGUUACAGGUUUGGUCCAUGAUGUUGGAAAAGUAAUGGCGCUGUGGGGUGAACCACAAUUUUCGACCGUUGGAGAUACUUUUCCAGUCGGCUGCCGUCCCGAUAAAUCGAUCGUUUUUGACGCCGAACUUUUUAAAGACAAUCCCGAUUUACAAAAUGAGAAAACCAACACGAAACUAGGAAUCUACGAAGAAAACUGCGGUUUGACAAACGUUUACAUGUCUUGGGGUCACGAUGAAUAUCUUUACCGUGUCCUGAAAGCUCCCGCAAAUACCUGCCAUCUUCCAGAAGAAGCCUUAUACUGCAUCCGGUUUCAUUCGUUUUAUCCCUGGCACACUUCCGGUGCUUACAAAUAUCUGUGCGACAACAAGGACUUGGAAAUCAUGAAAUGGGUGAACGAGUUUAAUAAAUUUGAUCUGUAUUCCAAAACUCCGGAUAUUCCUCCGCUUGAGGAGUUGGUGCCUUAUUACACACAACUUGUGGAGAAAUAUAUUCCAGGAAAGCUAAAAUGGUAGAAAAGUCUUACAGGAAACUUUGACUUGCAUUUAUAGUGAAGAACAAAUGAUCAAAGCAUGUGUUAAAGUAGUUUUACAGGAUAAUUUAUAUAUCGGAUCAUUAAUAUGAGAAUUCCUUGAAUACUUUGGUAUUUAUAAACGUCUAUGCAAUUUUAAGCUUCUACAAAAGGUUACCUUAUUUUAUACCUAUAUUAUAGCUGUGUCAGUCUAUAUAGUUUCAAAUCGUUUGUUCACACUGAACACGGAUUUUCGAAAGACGAAAGAUUUUUUAAUUAUAUUGUUUUUUAUAUAAAAAAAAAAGAAAAAAAAAAGUAAUUCAAGCACCAUCACAACAUUUAAACAGAUUCGUUUUAGAAUCGGCAAAUGUUCGUCACUAUGAGAUAGGUUUGGCGUCACUCUGAUAAAUUAUUUGUAUUUGUUAAGCAUAUGCUUGGAAAGUUCUUGCUCAUGAAAUAUUUCAAAUUUAACUAUAAAAAAACAUACACAAAACUCGCAUAUACUUGUAUAUGUUUUGUUUCGAAAUGAACUUUGAUUUUGUCAGUUUCGAGCUUCGCGCAUUUUCACAUAUUUGAUAUCUUUAUAUAUAUAUUUUCUCGAAAACAACUGAAUUUUAAGGAGUCAAUUUUGCGCUAUGCCCAUUUCUCCAUAUACAGUGAACUAGUAUGUAUAUAUUGUUCCGAAAACAAAAGCAAUUAAGUCAGUAACGGGCUAUGCGCAUUCCUAACCUACUCGAGGUUUUCAACAAAUUGGAAUUUUCAAAAUAAAAUACGCAAAAAUGUAAAUUAAUGAUACGUAUAGAAAUAUUCUAAACUUUCAUGCAUUAUAAAGUUAACUGUCUUUUUAAGUAAGACUGACAAACACUUUUUUCAAAUGGAAUUUGUUUUAGAAUCAUGUUUAUAUUAAACUCAUGUGACGGGGUAUAAUUCACAAUGAGACAAAAAAAAAAAAAAAAAAAAACCAAUCCAUUGCUGUCCAUUGUAUUUGUUUUG